AUGAAGCACCUCGCAGCUUACCUCCUUCUCACCCUCGGUGGCAACACCUCCCCCUCUGCCGCCGAUGUCAAGGCCGUUCUCGAGUCCGUUGGCAUUGAGGCCGAUGAGGAGCGCCUCAACACCCUGAUCUCCGAGCUUGAGGGCAAGGACAUUCAGCAGCUCAUCUCUGAGGGUUCCGAGAAGCUCGCUUCCGUUCCUUCUGGUGGUGCCGGUGGUGCCUCUGCUGGUGGCGCCGCUGCCGCUGGUGGUGCCGCUGAGGAGGCCAAGGAAGAGGAGAAGGAGGAGGAGAAGGAGGAGUCCGACGAGGAUAUGGGCUUCGGUCUCUUCGACUAA